AUGGCGCUGUGUGAUCGCAUCUCUCUUUAUGGAGGUGGCUUUCUUUGGGAGCAUCCGAAAGAUCCAGGUGAGCAUCCAUUUCCUUCGAUUUUCGCCACGAUUGAGUUCAGUGAACUUCUGAGUCGCACGGAGGCAUCCACGGUUUCUUUUGAUCAAUGCGUGCUGGGAGGCCCCACUCAGAAGCCGACCACUUUGGCCGGGAAUUGCGAAGACUUGGAAAGGUUUGCUCACUGUCUUUGCUCCGGUCUUAGUGCACAGCAUGUUCAUGCGAAUUCUUUGGGAUUCGAUGCAGAAGGUCAUUUUCUCACCCGGCGGCUCCAGACCUAUCCGCCAGGCAUGUGCUCGCUCAUCGCCAGGGGGCUGAUCUCUUCGUGUGUCACCUGGCAGGCUUCGGGCGAGGGGCCGACGGGCAUCUUCGCACAGGGGCCUACGGCACCGCUGAUUCCAAGGUCAUUGGAGGCCUCAUCCACAUCACGAGGGGUCCAGAUCUUGAAUGAGGCGGUUGAGGAUCACAAGAGGGUGCCUUUGGGUGAUGAUCAUGUGGGUUUGUACCUGCAUGUUGAUGAUACGUUGCUUCUUGGAGUCGGGGACUGUGCAGGGUUGGCAGCGCCUUUGAUGGAGGAGAUCGCCGAUAACAUGGAGGCCGCAGGUUUCAAGGCUCCAGACAGGAGGUCGUGCGAUGAGGUCACAAAAGUAGUGGGCUACGAGAUUGAUGUGCGGCAGGGGGCUUUCUCUUUGCCGAGGAGGAAGGCACGUUUGUUGCAGGCGGCGCUCUUUGAACAGGGCUCUGGUUGGGAUUUGGAGUUUCGGCGCGCAGCUGAGACGCGAGCUUUAUCGAUACCUUUCACCGUCUAUCACAUGAUGGACGUCUGUGAGGGUCAGCUUGUUCACCCCUGGCCUUCGGUGAGGCGAGAGCUGACUGUCAUGGCCAGGGCGGUGGACUUCAUGACGCUACAUGCGUCCCACCCAGUGAGCAGUUCCGUGUAUGCCACAGAUGCCAUGGGUGCUGAUGAUGUGGAUUGUGGCGGUUUCGGAGUUUGUGUGACCCAGACCCAGGCGACACGUGAUGAGUUUCGUGCACUGAUGUGGGCUGGUGAAGAGCCGGGCUUUGCUAUCACAGAAGCUGACUGA